AUGCGGCCCGACGACAUCAACCCUCGGACUGGACUCGUGGUGGCUUUGGUCAGCGUCUUCCUGGUGUUCGGCUUCAUGUUCACGGUUUCUGGGAUCAAGGGCGAGACUUUGGGCGACAUCCCUCUCCUGGCCAUCGGGCCGGCCAUCUGCUUGCCCGGCAUCGCCGCCAUCGCCCUGACCAGGAAAACCGACGGCUGCACCAAGUGGCCCGACAACCGCGGCUCCCCGCCGUGCAGCUGCUGCUGCCGCAAGAAACCCAGAGACAAAGACGUCCUGGAGCUGCUCAGGACCCCUUCGGACCUGGAAUCGGGCAGGGGCAGCUGCGACGAGCUGGCCAAGAAAGCCUACGCCGCCAAGGACGGCAAGGCGGGAGGUGGCGGCGGUGGUGGAGGAGGAGGAGGGGACGACUCGGUCUCCACCUGCACCACCAUCACCACGGCCACGGGGGAGUGCAGGAGCUUGGUCCCCAAAGUGAAUCAGGAGGAGAUGCUGAGAUACUUGGAGAACUGUUACCCGGAGAUGCCUGGGAAUGUAUUCGUGGCCGAGGCCACCCCUUACAGUGCCUUAGAGGAGCGGCAGCAGGAAUCUCCGGUCUUGGAAGGGGCUCACGCCACGGACACCGAGGACAACAUUUUCGUGGCGCCGCGAGACAGCAUCAUCGUCUGCUCCUACAAGGAGAACAGCCCUUACGACAGGUACUGUUGUUACAUAAACCCCAGCGAAGAAAUCUGCUCGGAUCACGAGGCGAUCGUUUGA